UCUAACCAAAUCAAUCCCCUCACUCUAAACGUCCCUCUUUGUUUAUUUAACAACCCCCCUUAGAAAUAUCUCAAACUCAAGCAACCGCCAUGUUUUCCCGACGUCUCGCGCGAGUAGCGGUAGGAGCUCCGCGUUCGCUUCGAGCGUUCAGCUCUACCUCUGCUAGCCAGCGUACACCGACACUGGCGGACAUCACACCCGAGGGUGUUGACUCGUUCAACGCGAAGCAGAAGGAGUUCCGCGAGCAGUUGGUCAAAGCACAUCAGGAGCGCGAAGCAAGUAGGUUCACUAAAAAUUCUUCUACUAAUGAUUCUUCGUCUACUGCCCAAGAAACCUCCCAGGGCUUGGGCUCAUUAAGCACCCAUACAGGAAAGCGAGCGGAGGUGUCAACUAAGGAACCCGAGCGACCAGAGAAUCUUCUAUCUAGGGUCAUCUACGGAACAAAAGAGGGACGCGAGUUGGAUGCUCAACUCGAAGCGAGCUUUUCCGCGGUGCUGGCCCGUGGCAAGUACGUUCACUCGAUCGUGUUCCACGAGGUGCAGCCGGACAAGGUGGACGAGUAUGUUGAGUUGGUUGGCCAAUGGUAUCCACUCAUGGCUUCCUUGGAGGAUAAUAAGGUUCAUCUCGUUGGAAGCUGGCGAACCGAGGUGGGCGAUUGCGACACAUUCGUUCACAUCUGGGAGUACCAGCGCUACCAAGGAUACCACCAAUCCCUAAAUUCCAUCUCCCGCCACCCUGACUUCGCCGAAUUCGACAAAAAGCUCAAGACGCUUAUCAAGUCUAAGAAUACGUCGAUCAUGCAGGAAUUUUCGUUCUGGCCAACUACUUCACCACGUCAAUUGGGUGGUAUAUUCGAAUUACGUUCCUACACUCUUCACCCUGGAAACCUGUUAGAGUGGGAAUAUCACUGGCGACGAGGCUUAAAGGCGCGAAGGCAAGUCAUGGAGGGUGUCGGUGCUUGGUUCGUACAGAUCGGUGAUCUGAACACAGUUCACCAUCUUUGGCAAUUUGCGAACCUCGAGGAGCGUAAAGUUCGACGAGAGGAGAGCUGGAAGCAAGAAGGCUGGGCCGAGACGGUCCACAAGACUGUUCCUUUGAUCCAACACAUGAAGUCAAGGAUUCUUGUCCCACUGCCAUGGUCACCUGUGGCGUAAUUUCUGCGGAUGAGGGACGAUUGCGUUAAUAUCAGCCGUUUUUUGGACCGAACUAAGCAUCUGAUAUGGAGAACUGGAGUUUCGAGGCGAUUGUUUCUUUAUGUAGUCGAUCUCCGCCAUGUUAGCGAGGGGGCACCUACGAAAGUGAUUGUACUUUUACUGCCGAGAUCGGGAUACUUCUGAUGAGAGCUUGGAGGGGCUGAAAAUCACGCCCUAAAUGCUAUUACGGUCACAUUUCACUGAUACCAA